CCGUUGCCUAGCCACUUUACGCCAAUUCGCGUCUAAUCGCGGACCAAGCUUCUUCACGCGUUUUCAUUCUGCAGCUGGAAGCUUCAGUUUAACUGUUUGUCAAGUCAAUUACACGACUACGAUACAUGACAAAGCUUGUCACUACCUGAAACUUCCGGGACUUCCUUCAGCCGCUUCAUUUGUACCGUCAACCUGCAAAUACCCCCAUUUCGGGGACACUCAACAUGGUGACCCUCGAAGAUGUCGAAGGGAGCCUCUUGCGAAAGCCCUCCGAAACUUCUCACCAAGUCCCUUCUCGGAGCGCCUCCGUUUACAAGCCCCUACAAUCCUUUGUCCUCGACAAGCAACGCUCUUACCAGCAGCAGUAUGGCGAUAUGUACUUUUUGCGCCUCACCAAGAUAAAACCAGCUGUCGAUAAAGUAGCCGCAGAGGCUUGGACAGGUACAAAGAUUGGUGAAGAGGAAGCACAGAGAGUUGAACGAGUGCUUGAUGUCCGGCAGGGAGAGCUGUGCUGGGUAACUGGCACCGUAUACAUGGAGAUGCCACUGAAGCCGAAUAUUCUGGAGGACGUGUCCAAGGAUCGUUGGAUCUCCGCCCCUAUUCUGACACCGAAAUAUUUCUCCAAGGACGACCAGGUCAUGUUGGAGGACGAGUCAGGCCGCAUCAGGCUGGUUGGCGAUGUGCUGAAGACCGUAAACUUGGUCACAGGAUGUAUUAUCGGGGUCAUGGGUACUGAAAACGCCAACGGCGAAUUAGAGGUCAUUGACAUCAAAUUCCCUGACCUUCCUCCGCAACCUGAACGUUGGAGCCUUUCGAAGCCCAAUUCAGAGAAGGCCAAGACAAAAGACGAAGAUGAGGAUAUGGCUGAUGCUUCUGAAGCCAAGAAGGGCAACAGCAAGAUUGCUAUUGUGUCUGGCUUGUCUUUCUCAGGCACCGAUGCUUCUCACGCGCUUGAGCUUGAACUCCUUUCCGAGUACUUGCUCGGUGAAGCUCUGACCCCUUUAAGCCAGAUCGAUGUCUCUCAUAUUAGCCGCCUUGUCAUAGCAGGAAACUCUAUCUCGACAACAGACCGCAAACCUCCCGCUGCAGACGAGGUGCUCCCAGAAAAGAAAGCCCAGAAGAAGUACGGCUACGACGCCAGCGCCUACAACCCACUCCCCUCUCAACUCUUCGAUGCGUUCAUUGCCGAACUUCUCCCAUCCAUUCCUAUCACGAUGCUCCCUGGUGCUCAGGAUCCAGCGAACGCUAGUUACCCGCAGCAACCCGUGCAUCCAGCAAUGUUCCCUUCGGCACGAGCGUAUGCCCGUGACCCAACAGCUCCAGCCACCCAACCAGGCUGGUUUGACACUGUCACAAACCCGUGGGAAGCGGAGCUCGAAGGAUGGAGGUUUCUUGGUACUGGUGGCCAAAAUGUCGACGAUGUUUUCAAGUACGUCGGCAGCGAUGAUCGUCUUGGCAUGAUGGAAGCUAUGUGUCGAUGGCGUUGCUGUGCCCCGACUGCACCCGAUACGCUAUGUGAGUACAUGACGACCCAAGUUUUGAUGUCUCGAAGCUAAAACAUUGCGUAGGGAGCUACCCGUUCCAGGAUGAUGACCCUUUUGUGAUGCAGACUUGCCCUCACCUCUAUUUCGUCGGCAACCAGCCACAUUUCUCUACCAAGGUUAUCCACGGACCUGAGGGUCAGUCAGUGAGACUUGUGACCGUACCGAGUUUUGCAGAAACAAAGGAGCUGGUUUUGAUCGAUACAGAAACACUUGAGGUGGAGAGGGUCAAGAUAUCUACAACAUAAUGCGAUCAUAGGAUGGGCAUGGUGUAUAGAAUAGGUAUGGCGAGAUACCCCGAACCGUAGUUGAUUAAGCACGCUAAGCUACCUGUUUGAGCAAGUUGAUCGAUUAUCCACCCGUCCACUUCUUAGUAGAGCAUUCGCCUCGCCUUGCCCUUUGCUUGCUGCUUCCACUAAGCCACGCAUCAAUCUUCUAUCAAUCAUAGAAAUCCGUCUUAAGCCUCAUAGUCCGACUCGUUGUCACUCGGCUGCACAAAAUCCUGGUCCUCUUCCUCGCUCUCCUCCUACUCAUCGUGUUCGUAGAUGUACCAAUCGUCUUCAUCGUCGUCAGUCGCUCCAGGUGGAGCACCGCCGGUGUUGCUCUGCUUGUCAUCGUCGUCCUGGGCGCACUUCUCGCAAGCCUGGAGAAUGAAUUUGCUGAGUUGAGCCAUUUUCUGGUGGAUCCAACAAAGCUUGUUGAAGCGGAAGUUCUUCAUCUUAGCAUCCGUCCUGAAAAGAUCACUACUCAGGCCUUUGACGUCUCUGUCAUCGCCUUCAUCCUUUCUUUUGUCCUCACGCUCCUGCAACGCGAGUUGUCUGUAAAAUCGCAGUUGGUGGGCACGAAGAAUGAGAUCAGUUGAGGAGGGCCAAGCACCAUUGUUGAGAAGCUUGUUCAAGAUCUGAACAUGUAUGAUCUCACAAGGUAGCGACUUCAAUGCUACCAUCAACUCCGAAGCUGGCUCGAAAAAAUCGACAAAGGUGAACUUGCCGUGUUUGAAACUUGGGCUGAUGAUGAUCUUGAGCGUGUGGAUGUUGGCAUUAUAAGGGGUUUUGGCAAACAUCUUAAUGGCAUCGACCAUGAAUUCCUUCGUGCUCGGAGUGGAGCGACUGGAAUCGGCCUUGACCGUGAUGAAGCGAAAGUACUGCGCGUAUUUGGCAGUAUCGAUAGUCCCAGGCUCAUGGAUUGGUAGUGCCAGAGGGUCGGUGUCUCUGUUGGCGAUGUUUUCCUGGUCUCUCAUGCCAGGCUCAGGGACAUAUAUGUCGUCAUUGACUAGGUCCUGGAUGUUGGCCACCUCGUGAUAUUGAGUAGGCGCAUCCCGAAGAAGGUAGAGAAAGGUAUUUUCGCCGUACAUGACGCCUCUCGCUUCAACAAAGACUUUCUUGCUCACCAUGAGGAUGCUGAUGUCAAGGCCAGGUUUCUCUCGCUGGUACACACGCCUCCAGCUGCUGUAAACAGGAAUAGGCUUGUUCGACACAAGGAGACCUCGAUAGAUUUGUUCACGAACCUCGGCAGGAAGACCCAUGAAGCUGAGACGUCUGGGACUUUUGACCUUGAUCCUGAUAGGGAGUCUAGGUCGAGGCUCUGGAGCCGGGGAAUUGCGGAGAACCCCGCGGCGACCUCGUUGAGUACGGUUUUGAUAACGGGCAGGAGUGGGAUUAACGUUUUUUGUCAGCACCGCCAGAGCCCUACCUCGACGCGAACCUGGAUCCCUUUGGUAGGCAUUGGGGAUAGAGGGAGGGGGCGCCGUCUCAUCCUCGUCGAACGACUCUUCUUCAGGAGUUGUCUCGCGUGGUCCCCAGACGAAUUGACUCGCGGGAAUUCCAAACUCCUUAGUGAAAUCUUUCAAGAGCGGCGCUUCGAUGAUCAUCUUGUUGUUGUUGGAUGCUUUAACUAUCUGUGAGUCUUUGUCGGGUUGAGGCUUAUAACGCUUCUUGGGGGGUUCAUUGUUGGCGGCCAUUGGGCUUCUCUUGUUUCCGAUUGAAACAGCUGAUUCGCUCCAGGAAGAUGGGCUACCUGGUGCGGACGGGCUACUCGAAGAAGAUGAACUGCUUGGGGAGGAUGAGCAGGACGUAGAUCGAAUGACCUGGCCAACUUGAGCCCUGGUCAUCGUCUUCUGCUUGACAUUGCAUGUGGGCGCCAUGGUGUGCAAUCGAGGUGCAGAAUCUUGAAAGAGGUGGAUAGCUUUGAGUGAGGGUGAGGAGGAAAUGAAAUGAGUAAUGUUGGGUAGAGAAGCAGUGGUGUUGUGGGUAAGAUGUGAAGAGAUGAAUGUGGAGGAAAGGAAGAGGGAUCUUUUAUAAUGAGAAAAGGGGCCAGUGAUUCACUGCUGCAUUUCAACGAGCACUGGAUGAAGAGGCGCUGAAUUUCAUAAGUUAUGCAACUCAUCAUACAAUUUCAGCUAUUUCCCUUGCUACAAUGUUCUUCGGUUGUUCCAAUUCAGCUGGGUCUGCCCCUU